GGCCUACCCUCACCCAUCUUCCUGCCCUAUACUCUAUUUCCAGAUGAAAAACACCGCCUCUGCAGUUUCAUUUCGUAGCCCGAAAACAUUUGGAUCAUCAGAUUUCAGGCACAACUACCUGUCCCUUUUCACCAUUACCUUCUUUUUCUAAAACAAGUAACGCAAUUGAUAAGUUGCGAAAUUCCACCUUUCUAUAACUAUCCUGCUCCUCCAGUCCUCCUGGAACCUCGAAAGCCAUUCCCUUUGCCGAUCCUCAUCAGUUUUUGGGUUCGUCAUUCGAGUUCUGAGCAUUCCUUUCAGCUAUUUUCAGAACUCUCCUUUCCGUUCAUCAGCUUGCUCAUAUGGUUGCUGAAUUCGGAGACUCUGCCGCAAUGGACAGCAACAACACCAAUGGCGACGCGUUCCAGCUGAGAGUGAAGCAAGGAGAGCCAACUCUGGUUCCCCCUGCGGUUGAAACUGAGAAGGGUUUGUACUUCCUCUCGAACCUCGAUCAGAACAUUGCGGUGACUGUUCGUACUAUUUACUGCUUCAAGUCGGAUGCAAAGGGAAAUGAUAAGGCAGGGGAAGUGAUCAAGGAUGCUUUGAAGAAGGUUCUUGUCCACUACUACCCUCUCGCCGGACGAUUAGCAAUCAGCGCGGAGGGAAAGCUCAUUGUGGAUUGCACCGGGGAAGGAGCUGUUUUCGUUGAGGCUGAAGCAGAUUGCGCGAUAGAAGAGAUUGGAGACAUAACAAAGCCGGACCCCGAGACUCUUGGGAAGCUGGUUUAUGAUGUUCCUGGUGCAAAGAACAUGCUGGAGAUUCCUCCUCUGGUGGCUCAGGUGACUAAAUUCAAAUGUGGAGGAUUUGCUCUUGGCCUGUGCAUGAAUCAUUGUAUGUUUGAUGGCAUUGGCGCUAUGGAAUUCGUGAACUCGUGGGCUAAAAUCGCCAGAGGUUUACAAUUGACAGAUCCUCCGUUUUUAGACAGAAGCAUACUCAAAGCGCGAAACCCACCUAAGAUAGAGUACCUGCAUCAAGAAUUCUCAGAGAUUACUGGCACUUCUAGCACCAACAAUGACCUUUGUGAUGAAAAAAUGUUGUACAGAUCCUUCUGUUUCAACAGUGAGAAGCUUGAAAAACUCAAAACGAAGGCCAGGGAAGACGGGGCGCUUGAAAAUUGCACUACAUUCGAAGCCCUCUCUGCAUUUGUGUGGAAAGCUCGGACCAGAGCGCUAAAUAUGCUGCCUGAACAACAAAUAAAGCUCAUGUUUGCUGUUGACGGGAGGCCUAAAUUCAGCCCGCCGCUGCCAAAAUGGUACUUUGGCAACGGCAUUGUGCUGACAAAUUCCAUCUGCCAGGCAGGUGACUUGCUGGACAAGCCACUGUCAAAUGCAGUCGGACUAGUUCAAGAUGCAAUCAAGAUGGUCACUGACAGUUACAUGAGAUCUGCCAUAGAUUAUUUCGAGCUGACGCGAGCCAGGCCUUCGUUGGCCUCCACACUCUUGAUCACGACUUGGUCUAGGCUGUCGUUCUACACGACUGAUUUUGGUUGGGGAGAGCCUGUGCUGUCGGGCCCGGUGGCAUUGCCGGAGAAGGAAGUGAUCUUGUUCCUUUCUAAUGGAACAGAAAAGAAGAACAUAAACGUGCUUCUGGGGCUUCCAGCUUCUGCCAUGAAUGUCUUUGAAGAACUGAUGAAUGUCUAGAGAUCCAACAACAGCAGCAUGAAAUUGUUUUUUCGUAUUAAAGCUCGUGUAUUUCGAAAUUAUUGUCACUUGUUGUAAUCUUAUUAUUAUUCGUUUGUGUAGUGCUGCUAAACUUUAUGUAAACAGUCAGCGAGAUUGCUGAUGGUCAUUGGGUGUAUUUUAUUUGUGGAAGCAUAAAUUAAUGAUGGUAAAUUUAUCAUAUUUUGCUUAUGUU